AUGAGGCGGCCCGCUGCCUGGCACUCCCUCGCCGUCACGGUCGUGGCGCUGAGCGUCGCAACGCCCUCGCUGGCGAUCGCCUGCCAGAGCUUCGCCACCCCCGACACCUGCAACGGCGUCGCCACCGAUGCAGGGUUCUGCACGUGGACGGACAGCGGUGCUUGCAUGCCCGGCGAGCCGCUUCCGGACGGCACGGUCGCGAUCACGGGCCUGCCGACCGACACCGCGCCGCCCAUGGCCCAGACAGGGGACUCUGAUGGGACCACGGGCGGGCCCGUGCUUGGCUUCUUCCAGCGGCUCGUCGAGGACGGCGGCCGGCGCUUCGAGAGGCUGGUCCAGCGGCUGCGCCUGCGCCCUCUCAUUCCGCGCCUCGGGGACCCGGACGUGAUCGACUGUCCGAUUCAGUGCGUCACGACACCGUGCCCGUGCUACAUCGACGACAACGGCCUGCCUGUCUACCUCGAAGACCUCGAGAACCUCGAGCUCCCGCAGCCGGAUGACACUCGCACGCUCCCGUUGGGCGCUCGCUGUAUCAACGACCUGCAGGACAUUGCCGCAGCGCCGUGCAACUCCCGCCUCGCCUGCAUCCCCUACUUCCGCGGCAGCCCCGGCCGCGGCGUGCCGGGCGGCGGGUUCUGCCUGCCGCGCUCCCCGAUCGCUGGCUUCAUCCUGGAGGCGCUCGGGGACGCGCCUGCGGGCGCGAGUGGCACCGGGGGUGUGCUGUUCCCGCCUGGCGGGUUCUUCGCGCCCGCCGGUGACGCGGCGCCGCCGGUGUUCGGCUUCGGUGGCCGCCUCGCGGGGCUGCUGCGCGGCGACGCUGCCUCGGACGACGGGCAGUAG